GUCUGUGAUGAGGAAACAGUCCAGAGUUAGUAUAAAUACCAGCACGCUUUCCACAUGAAACCAUCGGACAGGAGAAGUCGAAGGAGCUGACAGGAGUCACCAACAGAGUCAAAGAAUCCCAAAAGACCUAACUCAGUCAAACUCUGCAAAGAUGAAGACUCUCACCCUUGCAGUCGCAGUGGCCGUCGUGCUCGCCUUCAUUUGGAUUCAGGAGAGCGCUGCCACAUUCCACGGGGCACAACAGCCGGAGGAGGCGGCGAGCAAUGAGGAUCCAGCUGCUGAUCCUCAGGAGACACCGGUGGACUCGUGGAUGAUGCCGAGUAACAGACAGAAGCGCGGCAUGAAGUGCAAGUUUUGCUGCAACUGCUGCAACAUGAAUGGCUGCGGCAUGUGCUGCGAUCAAGAGUCACCGACCACGAGCGAAAAAAUGAAGACUUGCGUUGUUGCAGUUGCGCUGGCCGUCGUGCUCGCCCUCAUCUGCAUUCAGGAGAGCUCCGCUGUGCCAAUCACUGACGUCCGAGAGCUGGAGGCACCACUGAGCGAUCACAACGAUCAAUUUGAAUUUGAAGUGGCGCCAGUCGACUCUGACAUGCCGAAUAAGAGACAGAAGCGCGGCGCUGACUGUAGCUUUUGCUGCAGUGGUGGUGGCUGUGGCGUGUGCUGCAGAUUCUGAGGGAUUCCUGCUCCAGCAGCCAUGAAAUGUCCAUUUAUUGUGGUUGUAGUCUUGAAGAAGUUUUACCACUUUAAAUAAAAAAAAAGGAAUUACUCACGAAAA